AUACGGAGACGUGGACAGGCCGUGACCUUGUUUUGAUCAGCUGUACGGUAACUUAGCGAUAAGAAAAUAGACUAUUGGUUGAACAAAUUUAAAUUUAAGUGUGUUUUAGAAGAAGAGGAACUUUCAGUAUAUUCCUUAAGAUGAGCUGAGCAGCAGUCCAGUUUACAAGAUGACAAGAGUUCGAGAGACAAGAUACAAGAUCACUGAAACAAGAGCCAAGACUGAAGAUUCAAGAGAAGAGAAAGCUGGCAGCCAUGGACUUACAAGUGGAGAUUAAUAAGGUCAUGUAAAGUUUUAUUUUUUUUUAUGGAAGACAGUAACUGGAGUUUUUUUUUGUUAUAAACAUUAUUUACAGAACUUUUUAGGUUAUAGUAAUGUAAUGGAACUAGUGAGUUGUGGUAGCUGUCAAAAAGAACUAAUACCUUAAGUUUAAUUUUUAAAGUUAAUUUUCUUAAUUUACAGAGGGAUUAGUAGUUUUUUUUAAACCUUAUUUAGGUUGGAAUUUAAAUACAAUAGCUUAUUAUAAAUGUGUACGAACAGUUCAAGUUCACAGUACUGAUAGGUAGGUCAGAUGAUCUUAUUGAUUUUGAUGAUUUGUUGUUUUGAGUUGAUUUUUAGGUGUUGUGAAUUAGACAAUGAAAUAGUUCUGAAAACUUAAAUUAUUUCAAGCUAAGAAAUAGUAAAGUUAAUUGUAACUCAAAGGACACCAGAAUUUAAUUUUUUUUUUUGAAUUAGUAAUGUUUGAAAAUUUUAUACUUUACAAGAAAGGUUAUAAACAAACAGAUCGGAUGGAACAAGGAUGCAGUAAAUCACAAUUUCAUUUAGAAUUAUUGAUUAGCUUUUGAGGUUAUGAAGUAAAAGUAAUUAUAAUUUAAAAGUUUGAAUAAAAAAAAUGUUUUUUUUUAUUUGUUUGAAAUAGAAAGUUUAAAAGUUAAUUAGUCAUGAUCUAGGUGGGUGAUGGGGUGGGAAUUGGCCACUCUUUUUCCCUAUAACCUCCCUAACAUGGCCUUCUAUUACAUCUAACAGAAGAAAAAAAAAGAAGAAAAAGAAGACUUAGUACAGUACACUCCCUAUUUAACGCGGUUGUCGGGGGACAUAACUUUUACCCGCGUUGUUGCAUAACCGCGAUGUUUCGAUGUGACCAAGGUCAAAAGGCAUAAAACACCGCCUGUGUUCUAAUAGGUCGGCAAGCACGCACAGUAUAGACGGCCCGCCUUUGUGCGGACUUUGCAUCCGCAGUUUUCACUAAACGCGGGUGAAAAAAUUAAAAUAAUAAAUUUUAAAGAUAAAUAUGAAAUGUUGAAUUUUAUUUUUUAUUUUUCCGCAUGCCGCGCACAGUUUGUCGCACGGCCUACGAGCGCGCCACACGCCGCCAUACACACGUGCGGCACACAAGCUGCUGCCAGUCUCGUGGUGUCAGCCACAGUAUCUGCUUCGUCUGAGUGUCCGUAACAAAGUAAGUGCAGUGUGUGCGGUUACACACGAUUCUGUGUUCAAAGUCUUCUAAAUAGAAAGGCCAUAGUAAUACUUCAAACCGAAUAUGAAUCGCAAAGUACCGAGUUUGAUUGACAAAAUAAAAAUUCUAGAUUUACGUACUUACAAAUAGCGUGUCUUUUGCAGAAGUAUGCAGCAGAUACGUGAAAAACUAUUCUAGCAUUCGUACAAUAUAAAAUAAAGAAUCGUCUAUCAUGUAAAGUGGUUAAACUUUGUUAUCCAUGCUUACAUUAAAUUAUAAAUGGUCACAUGUGGGAUACAAAAAUUGCGCCAAAAUAAUUUUAGCGCAAUCAGUGGUGCCGUAUUAAAAAGUCUGUUAAACAUUUUUUUUACUUAUUCCAUCAAACGCUGUGUCGAGUUGCUGAGUGUGUGUGGCUCGGAUCGGCAAGUGUUAUAUUCCCCAGCCUCUGGUUAAAGGUCGGGAGGCCGCUACACAUAAACAUAUCCGGGGCUUGUUUACUACCUCACGGUAAAAGUGGUACAGUAUGGUUCACGUAAGUAUUGGACCACUGGGAAUUCCUCGGCAAAGUUAAAAAAUACGCUAGCUGAUUUACUUUACUAUUUAAUGUUAAAACAUUAUACCAAAGUAAAAAGAUGAACGUGUAUAAUACAACGAAUAAUAUUACGUCUGUAGGUUCAAGUUAUAACAAAACAUUUAUAUGUCAACACACGUGAACACGAGAAGUGUGCCGACGGAAAUGAGUGAACUACUCAAGGUCACCAGACUUCCCCCCUUUUGGCUUAAUCGCCCCUCUCAUCACUGGCGCUUAUAUUCCACUCCUCCCGUCUACCCGGGUGUCUUGGUCGCAUAUUCUCUGCUCGCCUCUCCCCUCCCAGCGCUUGCCGUCAACCAAACCUAUCCAAAAUCAAUCCCCAGCCGAGUCACGCUGGAUAAUGUCGCUGGACAGUGGGCUUUAUCGGGUCCCCUGUCCGAUGCUUUAUUUGUGGGUUAAAAAAAAUGUUAAGAACUAGUGUUUCAGAAAAUAACACUGGGCUGGAUUGGACCAUAAUGUGAAAACACUACAAGAUAGAGGAAUAAUGUACGGAGAUAUCUUGUUUAGAAUUUCACUGCGGACAUUUUCUACGCCUAGGCUUUUUUCUGCCCGAUGCUUAGUUUGUGAGUUACAACGCAAAAUUAUCCUAAUCGGCUGUCAACCAUUUAUUCCAUUAUUAUUACUGUAGAACCUCGUUAAUCCGUGACGCGCUAAUUCGGGAAUCGGAUAAUCCGGGACGAUUAAAAAGUGCAGAAAAAAAAAGAGAAGUAAAAAUUGUCAGCGCUUGAAAUUAACGUCACGCGGGCCGGCGGCCGGCAACCACUGCAAGCCAUCGCGUGGGCCGCCAAACUCUGCAACGCUGUUUGUACCGACCCUUUGUGUCGUCCCCCUUUCAGCUGUCACAUUUGUCACUAUUUAAACUUGAGGGGGAUGUCCUGAUGUCUGCUUCCCGUCUCCCUUUGUUUCCACCCGCCAACGCACGGCAGGCGCCUGGCGAGUGACGUGUCUGGCUGGCAUUCGGCUGGACGAAGUGGGAUGAGUGGGAAGGGGGGGGGGGGGGGGGCUACCCAAAAUUUAUGUGUGCAAGUUCAGCACGAUCUUAUCUUUCUCUCUUCGGCUGUUGUAAAUGACCGUGAACUAAUGGCUAGGCAGUGCCGUAUUUUUUUAAGCCGAGACUAAUUCGAAGACGGCCCUUACCGUGAACGGAUUAUCCGGGUUUAUUACUUUUUUUUUUACAGGAUUUUAAUUAUCCGGGCAUCGGCGGGUCCCAAUUAACACGAAUAAUGGAGAGUUUACUAUUUUUUAUCCAUCUGCUGCCAAGGCGCAGUAAGCCUCGGUAGAUGUUACGUCACAUGACCUUGGCCUUAACCCAGCUGCACGCCGGUGUCUGAGAAGCUUGACAAGACCUUCCUGGCUUUUAAUCCCUAGUCCGUGAAAUUCUGUAAUCCGUGAUUAUCUCGGUCCCGACCAUCACGAAUUAACGAGGUUCUACUGUUAUUAUUAUUAUUAUUAUUCAUUUCUGAUUGGGGGACAUGGUUUGACCCGCGAUAUACCCGAUUCCGCGAUCUAUCGAGGCGCGGUAUACCGGGAGUUUACUGUAUUAGUUAGAAUGUUUUUUCAUGAAGAUACCUGAUGAACUUUUUUUUUAUUGUUGGGAAGAAUAGUAGCAAGAUUAAUCAGAUGUUUUACUCAGAAGAAGAAGAAGAAGAAGAUAAAGCAGUUUUAUGACUCGACAAGCCAGAGAUUGGUGUUUCCCCUCUGCGCUCCUAUUGACUACGUUGUUUACUCUCAUGGGAUAGCUGGUUCGGCACCAUGGAGAGAGAUUGGUGGGCAUUGUGGUUGCCCCCAGAAGAAAAGAAGAGUAGAAGAGGUUAUGGGUGGGUCAUGUGAACUGACCUUCAACCCAGUUACUUCGUGGGGACUAUUUGCUGUAUAGAGAAGAUCAAGACUCAAGAGUUAGGGAAAAUUAUUGGAGGUCAUGUUUCCCUUCCUUAAGUUUUUCCUAUCAAAUUAUUUGCCUGAUUAGAUUAUGCUAAGGGUGGGAUACUUUAUGUUAGCAGUUGAAUUAAUUAAUUUUAUUUUUUUUGUGUGUUUACAUCCUUGCCCAUCGAUUGCAGUUUAGUAGUUAGUUUUGUAUUUGUCAGGCGUGAUGGUAAUGCCUGUUGAUGAUGUUUCAGAAUUGUAAUCUGUUCGUGAUGAGGAUGGCACAACUCCGAAGCAGAUGUGGGGAGAAGUUGUGAGCUGCCCUGGAAGCCAGUCCAGUAGCUGUUGGAGUUGAGUGGUGUUUGCUGAUGGCCAGCCCAGGGAGCUACUCUUCUCGACAACACUGACUUCGAGGAGUUGCACCAACCUUCACGAGAUAAGAGUUUAAUUAAUUGAAACACUGUAAGGACACUUAAUUUUUUUUGAAGAACGAAAGAAGUAUGGUAAUAAACGGAAACCGAAAAAAAAAAAAAUAAUAAUAAUUAUCAAGAAUUUGCACAUUGUUUAACGAAUACUGAGAAACUAAGAACAGUAAUUUAAUUUGUAAAGAGAGCUUCACUAACAGAACAAUUUUUUUUAGAAUUGAGAACUCGAGCCUCUGAAGGUUCCUGUGAGAACAAACCAGAUAAAAGUUUUACAUUUAAUUUUAUGAAUACUUGUUGUUUUAAAAUAAAUCUUAUGCAGAAUCUAGAUGUAUGUUCAGACAGCAAGGAACUAAGAAAAUUAUUAUUUUUGUGAAAUGAGGAAUUUAUAGUUAUGGUUUAAUGGAAAAAGACAAUUUGUAAUUUUGAGGUAGCUCGAUGGGGCUCGAGCUCUGUGAGGGGAGGGUUAUGUCGCAGGUUGAAAUUUUGCAGGGUUGUUGAAAUCAAAUUUAGGGACUUUACUGACGGGACUCUGGGCUGGCUGCUCUGUUCACUCGUCAGCGCAAGUGGCGUGACCAUGUAAUUGGGGCACGGGGCCGGCGCGGCGCGCUGCGGGCUUGCAGAAUUUUGUUUGUUUGUUUGGCCGCGCGCUGGCGCAGCCACGGGCCGCAGUUACUGGGGCGCGCUGUCGUAACAAGCCGCGCGGUGUGGCCUGCACAUUGGGGUAGAGGGGGGGUAGUCUUCCCAGAUGUUCUAGUUAGUUGUUUAGUAAAUUUGACUUCAAUAACGAGCUUUUGUUAUGGUAGGCGCGGCAGGGCGCGCGAAUUUAAGCGCAAGUGAGUGGUGACUUCAGGCUCACUCAGGCGGAGGCUCACUCAGGCGGAGGCUAUGCGUCUCACCUGUGGUCACGAGUUGUUAGUUCGUUCGUGAUGUAGGAAUUCAGGCUCACUCAGGCGGAGGCUAUGCGUCUCACCUGUGGUCACGAGUUGUUAGUUCGUUCGUGAUGUAGGAAUUCAGGCUCUCGGGCGGAAGCUAUGGCCGACGCCAGAGGCCACGAGUCGUUUAAUUUAAGUUAGGUCAUAAUGUAGUCAUCUUCAAGCUUUUGGGCGGAGGCAAUGGCCCUCGUCACUAGUCGUUUAGUUAUAAUUUUUAAAAUGUAAUGUUCGUUCGGAUUUUAAGGGCAGGAGAGGCCCCUACGUUAGUUUUAAGUAAUCGAUCAAGAAAGGCUUUUUGGAAAAUGUGAGUAUGGACUUAUCUUUGUUUUAAUUUUAAGUAGUAAUUAUGAUUUGAGGUAUUCGGAAGGACUAGGGAAGUGUUUAGUGAAGUUCUCUCAUUCUCUCUCUUGUAAGGUCGUUCAAUCGUUAAGGAAGUAAAGAGAUUAUUGUUUUAAAUUGUAAUCCCGCUAUUUAAAUGUUCUUUAAAAUGAUGUUGAGUAUUUGACUUUAAGAAUAAAAUAAUUUUAAUUAAGUAUUAUGUUAUUUUGCAAAAUCUCCUUAGUUCAGCUCUCACCAGACAUCCUGUACGGGAUGACGAACCUAUGAUCCUAGGUACAGUAAAGUAUUUUAUGAAGUUAAGACUAGUUGAUGCCAAGCGAGUUGUUUCUAUGUAAAGAGCUACGAUUCUCGCCCCCCCCCUCUGAAGGUGGAUCGUGACAAUAUACACCAAGCGACUGCGGACCGCGAGACCGGGUCAUGAACAAUGUCAGACAUAUAGACCAUGAACACACAGUACACGCAAAAACUACGCAUCGUUCACGCAGGUCAAGCAUUUAAUGAAAACGAAGAAAUUUUGGACGGAAAUACUACAAAACGAAAGCACAUUUAAAGAAAAGGAGGUGCAUUCUCUCAUUCAUUCAACUCGGUAGGUAGCGAUCGUCAAUGAUAAGUUAGGAUAUAAUGUGUCCAACAGUCUAUGAAUCCAACAGUUUUAAGUUCCAAAAGUCAUUGGCUCAUAUAGUCAUUGGUUCCAUCAGUCAUUGACUCCAAAAGUCUUUUGACUCCAAAAGUCAUUGGCUCCAACAGUAAUUGGCUCCAACUGCUCUUUGCUUCAACAGCUCCAAUGAUAUUUGGCUAGAAUUCUACGAGUCUAAGAGACUAUGAGGUUACAAGGCUUUGAGUCUACAAGGAUCUAGUAGGUUAUGAGUUAUACAUGGCUGCGAGACUGCAUGGCUAAAAGGCUGCGUGGCUACGAAACUACAUGGCUAUGAAGCUACAUGGAUACAAGUAUACUCGGCUCCAAACGACAGCGAGACUGCAUGGCUACUAGACCAAUUGGUUACAAAGCUUCAAUUCUAAUAGUCUACAAGACUCCUCCAACUGCCUACUCUUCUACAAAGCUCCAACUGCUCCAGUAACAUUAUGAUAAAAGAUUACAAGGCUACUUGGUCACAUAGCUACAAGCCUACGAGGCUACUUGGUUACGAAGCUUUAAGUCUACGAAGCUCCAAGGCAUCAUGACUACGUGACUACGAUUCAUGAGGUUACGAGACUACGUGACUACGAGUUACAAGUUUACGAGACUGCGAGGCUACAGAGCUCCGAAGCUUCUAGAACACAAGGUUACAAGACUGCGAGAAUACAGGACUACAAGUCUACAUAAGUACUUGGUUACGUAGAUACAAAUAUACGAGAUAAUUGGUUACGUAGCUAUACAAGUCUACGAAGCUAUUUGGUUACGUAGCUACAAGUCUACGAUUAUACUUGGUUACGUAGCUACAAGUCUAUGAGGCUCCAAGGCAUCAUGACUACGCGACUACGAGCCAUGAGGUUACGACACUACGUGACUACGAGUCUACAAGUUUACGAGACUGCGAGGCUACAAUGCUACGAAGCUUCUAAUACACGAGGUUACGAGACUGCGAGGAUACAGGACUACAAGUCUACAUGAGUUCUUGACUACGAAGCUACAAGUCUACAAGGCUCCAAUUACUACAUCUGUCUUCGGCUGAAUUUUCUCUUUGGCUUCUACAACUCCAAAUGCGCCCAAAGCUCCAACAGCUGAAACAGCUCCAAAGCUCCAAAUGCUGAAACAUCUAAAAAUGCUCCAACAGCUCCAAAGCUCCAACAGCUCCAAAUCUACAACAGCUCCAAAUGCUCCAAAGCUCCAACAGCUCCAAAGCUCCCACAGCUCCAAAUCUCCAACAGCUCCAAAUGCUCCAAAGCUCCAACAGCGCCAAAGCUCCAACAGCUCCAAAGCUCCAACAGCUCCAAAUGCUCCAACUGUAUAUAUAUAUACACACCUUGGUAUUGGUGGUGUGAGGUCAGUCUAGGUAGCUUCCAUGGAGGUAGGAUCUGUUUUUUUUUUAAUUUAUUUGCCUUUACCGGUCUCGAACCAAGGACGGGAAUCGAUAUAAUCAAUCAGUAUUCUAAUAAGUUAAUUUUUGAUGGUUUUUGAUUUGUUUUCAUUAAAAACGGAUAGUAAAUAAAGGUAUUCAAGAUUGCGUCCGUAACGAUAAUUGAUACAGUGGUGACAUAAUUCAAAAUGUCGGGUGUGAUGUAAGACUUUAUUAUUACUUUUUAUUGAGAAUUUUUUAAAUAUAUUAAUAAAUUACUGGUUUAGUCUAGCCGGAAAUCGAACCGAGGACCGAUAUCGUUUAAAUAACUAAACAUUUGUAGUAUGCAGUUUUUUUAAAAAUAUUUUUUGGAAUUUUUUCGGAAUUUCUAGCAUUGAAAUUGCGGAUUUUCAAAAUGGCGACCUUAACGAAACAUGUAACAUUAAUAGAAUCCAAUAUGGCGGUCGUAACGAAAAGUUAACAAUGACAUCGUACUCAACCAAGAUGGCGGGUGUAACGAAACAUGCAACAUUUAUAUAAACCAAGAUGGCGACCUUGACGAUAAGUGCAAUGAAGGUUUUAAAGAUUUUUUUAAAUUUUAAUUAAUAUACAUUUUUUUUAAUUUUUAAUAUUUUUCCCGAUUUUCUAACAUUAAAUUUAUGGAUUUUCAAAUUGGCGGACAUGAUGUCAUACUACAUGAUGAUUGAUUAUAUAUAUGCUAUGAUAAAAGUGGUGGGGGUCAGUCUGCCGAUGGCUACCUUGGAAGAUGGAUCGUUAAAAUUCCACUCAUUGACUUUUUGAUUUUAGGUAAAAGGAGAGGGGAAAAAAUCCCGAGGAGAAAGGAAACACUAAUAUGCAAGAACGCGGCCUCGGAAUAGUCUGCCCGUUCAAGAUAAUUUUGACCACUAGUGCUUAACCAGUGACAGAGCUGAGCGGUAAUUUUUUUUUUGCCUCUGCGGUCCGUUCCGAGCAACUAUUUUCCAUAGAACCAUGUACAGAGCCCAGCUCGCAAGACGUUAAGCCCGCACUGUACAAAGAAAAAUUGGAUAUAAGAUUACAUAAGGUUUUAUAUAUAAUAAAUUUUAUGUGUACAUGGCUUGGAUGAUAUCAUUGAGAAUGCAAGAAUGGGAAAAGAGAAGCUGCCUAGGAAAAUGAAGGAGUUGAAGAACUCACGAAGAAGGCCCCAAGAAAGUCCAAGGAGGAAGUGGGGAGAGCAGAUAAAGGAGUGCAGGAGAUAGGAGAAGACUGGAAUAAAGUGAAAAAUGAGGAUUGGUGGAGGGAAGAAUAAGAUGGAGGCAUUUUACUUUGCUGACCCUGCCACAGACUGAAAGCAGUUGAUAAUAAUGAUUAUAUAAGAUUAUAUUUAAUACUUUCAUUAAUUUGAUUAUAUGCAUUUAUUCGAAUUGCCUACUGCCUGUUUAGUGUUUUAUUACCUACUAUAGAUAGAUGCAACAAUUGACUUAAAACGAACAAAACUUUGUGUGGUGAAAAUAAAUUCAUGUCAAUCGUGAGAAAUUUCAAUUUCAUUCGUUUGGAACCAUGGCUCAAACAAUGCGUAAAAAAAAAAAAAAAAAAAAAAAAAAAAAAAAAAAAAAAAAAAAAAACUGGAAAAUUUAAAAAUGUGUUAUCGUAAGUCGCAAAAUAUUUAAAAUCGUCCCUGAAUCACCUGUGUGAUUCAACACUUGUCUGCAAGUUCACUUCGGAAAUCGUUACGAGAUAAAAAAAAAAAUGAAAGUGUCUGAUUGUCUUAGGGUGCGAAGGAGGGAGGUGGGAAACACACGAGUGCUGUUUGAAGACGACUUCCAAAUUUCGGCGAAAAUAAACCGAAAGCGAGGAAUUUUGGAGGGACUUGGAAUCUUCAGUCUGCAUUUGCAUAAUCACAUUACUACGUUCCUACCCCAACCUUCUCGCAUGUUCUUUCCUCUCUCUGGUCGCGCGCGGUGGUGAGUAAUUAGCUGGCUGUGUCCGGCGUGUGCACUGUUAGAAGUCGCAGUAAAUUUACGCAUUUUACAACGAAGAAUUUAACUCGAAUAGACGAAGAGUCCUUCGUAAUUUUAAAUAACUGGAUCUCCGUAUUUCGACUUCUGAGUUGUAUGUUUCAUUCUAAACAAAGGCAAAGCGCACGCGUGUAGGUAUCAAAGAAAAGUGUUCCUACUGUAGACUUACACAUUUUUCUAAAUGUUUUGUUAAUAUACCUAUCAAGAAUAUUCUUUUGGAUACACGCUCAAAGUGUUCGUAAAUUUACGAAGAUAGCUGCAAAUUUACGAAGAUCCCAGGAUAAUUUGUAACAAGUCCUCUACGUAAGUGUAAGAAUAAAUUUUUCACAUUGUAUGCGACGACGGACUGAACACACACGCGCGGCCGUGCUUUUUGCUUCCUGCCCGCAGUUGCCACAACUCAGUUAGGAAUUAGUAUUUAACUCGACUGUAACCACAGAUAAUUUUCUAUCCCGAGCAUGGAGUGGGUGUCUGUACUAAUUUUGGAGUCAACUGGUUAGCAAUUAGAUAGAAACACAAAUCGUAGCUGUAAAAACGCUAAUAUAGUAGAAGCAUGGAGGUAAGAAGUUAGGGAGUUGGUGUGUAAAAUCUUUGCCAAAACUUGAAUUCAAAUUGAGAACACCUUUCCCCUCCCUUUACUUAAGUACAUAGAAAAAAGGUAUAUUGAAGUUUAACGCUAAUUUCUUUCAGAUGUGUUGGCAUUAUUUUGUUUAUCUAUAUUCACUACAUGAAGACAUCUUUCCGAUUUUUCAUAGCGAGUUCUUUUCAAGCUUCUAAACAAAUUUUUGUAGCAUUCAAGCCUUUUUACAGCUGCAAUUUGCUAACCAGUUGACUUCAACUUCAGGACAGACACCCAUAGACUAAUGCCUCAAUGAGUGGGAUAUUAUUUGAUAGUGUAGCAUGUGUGCUACAGCCUCUACCUUUGAUAAUGUUUAUGUUGGUAGAAAUGGUUAACUUAUUUUAUUAACUUUUUUGGAUGCCCUGGUAAUAAGAGUUAUUUUGGAUUUAAGUUUGUUAUAUUUUGUUUUUAAAAAGGAAAUUGUAAUUCUUGUUUAGUCUUAUUAUUUUUAAUUGUAAGAUUUUAAAUUAUUAAAUUGGUCUUGAACGUUCAAGGACACUACCGAAUAUUUUGGUAAUCGCUGCGCUAGGCGGCGCGCGAGCAAAACAGCUGAGUGUGUGACGUCAGGGGUGACUGGCGAGCGUGAGUCGCCUGGUGGGCCCGGGCGGGCGCGGACGUGAGUUAAACGCGGGUUGGCCAUGGUGAUGGUUACACAUCGAAGUGACUUGCCGGUCGAACAUCUGAAUAUGAGUGUUCCUUUUGAAUAUGAACGGGGUUCAUAUACAUAUAUAUAAUUUAGAACGCGUUGGUACGAUGAAACGCGAGUGGUUGGUGAGGCGUGUGUGAAUGUUGCGAGGAUUUUCCAAUGAUGAAUUAUGUGCGCCAAACAAAACUCCAAGACGGUACAGCGCAGGAUUCGUGAUAUCCGUACAAUUACCCGCAGCUACUGUAACGUGUUAUGGCAAGGGUUUGCCAUUAAAAAACACUCGUGAGCAAACGAGUGUAUUUAGUGACCGGACAUCUCGACGUCAAAAAAGCAAGUAAGUGCCAGCUGUGCCACUGCCCCGUUGCCCCCUUUGACCCCUGGUGCGAAACUAUAAUCUGUGGAUUUUAGAGAUUUAAAUUAACGGACUAAUAACACUGAAACUGGGAUUUUACGUUCAGCGUGUUCACCCAAUGCCUGCCAGACGUGGAAGAAAAAAGGCGUCGACCGUUAGAAAAUGACUUAACUGAGAAGGGCUUGUUAACCCAUAAUUUGUAAUUUGCUAAAUUUUUGAUAUUUUGAGUUGGAUGCUAAUGUGCGUCAAAUUUUUGCUAGAUUUCGCCUAUUUUAUGGUAAAUUCCGUUAAUUGGUAUUUACAGUAGUGCUACGCCCGGUGCGUAUCUAUAUUUGUAUUUGUUUUAAUAUGUUCUUAUAUAUUUUUAAUGCCUUUUGGGUAGAUACAUUUAAUUUUUCGGAGCUCCGAAGUAUAUGAUCCAAAUUAUACCUUUUUGGGGGAUUUGUUAAAGUACUUUUUUUUAGUAUUAUUAUAUAGCAUUUUUUUAUAAGUAGUAAUAGGGUAGGGUAAGUCCGGGGUAGAUGGCCAUACGAUUGAGAUGGCCAAUCGUCAUAGUUCGGCAACCGGGCGCAAGAAUGCAUCCCAAUUCACUGUGUGUUGAGUUGGUGAUGAGUUACGUGGAAGGUGUUGUUUACGCAUCGGAAAAGCGCUAUAAUUGUGAGUAUUUUUGCCUUUUUCUUUUUACUUUCUGUCUAAAAUAAUUCUCCUAGUCACCAUUUUGGCCUGAAAAUUAAAGAUAAUAAGUAAAAAAAAAGGGAUAAACUUGUUUGUAGGUCUUUUUAUACCUUCCCGGACAUAUGUAAUCAUUGAAGGUUCCAAGCAUCAUUCGCCAUUAUUUUUAUGCUCCUUCGCCCUCUCACCCGUACAAUCGGGAUAGAUGGCCAUGCUUUAUUCGGGAUAGUUGGCCACCCAUUAACCUCUUGCGUUUUCUAUUAUGAAAAUAAAUUUUUAAUCUGUCUAAUGGAAUAACGAAAAACUUACAUUUUUAAAAUUUAUGAAAUCUUUAUUUUACUGAAAUGGUUUUCUUACCAAAGUAUACUUAGCCACCCAUAUAUUUUAAUACAAUUGUUUUAUUAUAUUAAUUUAUUAAUUUUGUGUAAAAUACUUUUGUUUAUCUUAAAAACUGUUUAACAAAAAAUUUAAAAUGUAAGGAAAAACAAUACAAAUUUUAACAAUUAUAAUAAUGAAAAUAUGUUAUUUCUUAAAAGAAUUUUCUCGCUUAUAAUAUAGGCUAUUUGAAAAUCCGUGCACGCACAUCAUCACUUAAAAUAUUUUCACCAAAGAAACAUUUUUUAAAACACAAAAUGCUGUAAAUAGUUUACAGAUAGAGUAGGGUGUAACAAAUCUACCUACAUACUUAAAAGCAACGAAAUUCGUUACUCUUGCCACCGAGAUACCUAGUCGAGAUGUAGUCUAUGUGAUUGCUCACUCGUCAUCUUUGAACGUGGUGCUAUCUAUGAUGUAGUGUAGAAUAUAAAGGCAAACUGCGCCGUGGUACUGUCUUGCAGCCCAAUCUGUCGUGGAAAUACUGAACUACUUUAAAAGAACGAUUUAUCUCUGCUAAAAAAGUAUGUAACAGAAAAAUAUUUCACGCGAAAUAACUUGGGUAGUUAUAUUCCACCAAGUCGGUAGUGGCCGAGUAUACUCUGGUAAACAAGGAAGGGUCGUGUAAUUAUUGCAAUUUCUUUUUGUUCUUUCUUUCUAGAUGCCAAAUAAAUACACUCCUAAGGUGGGGAGUACUCGUGGUAGAUGGAAAGCAGAGGAUUUAAAACACGCUUUCGAAGCCGUCGAAAGUGGUACAUCUGUCCGCAAAGCAUCUGCAAUGUUUAAUAUACCCAGAAAAACUCUUGAAAGAAGAAUAAAACAAGGAAAUAUAACAAAAGGGUCAAUGGGACCGAGUUCUUGUUUCGGCAAAGACAAUGAAGAAAGACUUGUGCGUCACAUAAAAAAAAUGCAAAUGAGUGGCUUCCCUCUGACUAGAGACGAUGUUCGUAGUUUAGCAUACAAUUUUGCUACUCAGUUAGGAAUCCAUCAUAGAUUCAAUAAUGAAAACGAGAAGGCCGGAUAUGACUGGUUGUAACUAUUUCUUUCGAGACAUCCAGAUAUAUCUGUGCGCAAGUCUGAGGGUGUUUCACUUGCUAGAGUUCAAGGUAUGGACCGUAAUGAAGUGGCAGAAUAUUUUUCUCUUUUGAAAAUUAUCUUGGAGGAAAACCAACUUAUUAAUAAGCCAUCAGCGAUAUUCAAUAUGGACGAAACAGGCUUGCAGCUGAAUAACCGCCCUGGUGAAGUUCUAGCUGAGAGAGGUUCCAAAGUAGUUCACACUAUUACUUCAGGAGAAAAAGGAGAGACAAUAACAGUCAUAGCAUGCUGUAAUGCAGAGGGCGUGUUCCUCCCUCCAGUUUCGGUAAUGAAGGGGAAAAACAAAAAACCAGAAUGGGAGGAUAACAUGCCACCAGGCAGCAUUGUAAUGAUGUCUGAAAAAUCUGCCUAUGUUAACACAGUUAUUUUUUUUAAUUGGCUUAAAAACCAUUUUUUUCCUCGCAAACCUGCAGGGAAAGUACUGUUGAUUAUGGAUGGCCAUUCUUCUCACUGCAAUUCUGUGGAAGUUCUUGAAUUCGCAGACGAGAAUGAUAUCAUAUUACUGUGUCUCCCUAGCCAUACAACACAUUAUUUACAGCCACUAGACCGUGCUGUAUUUAAAUCUCUGAAACAUCACUUCUACACUGCUUGUUCUAAGUGGCUAACAAACCAUCCGAACCGAAAGAUAACUAGGAUACAGUUUGGUGAGCUUCUGAGUGAAACUUGGGGAAAAGCAGCAACACCUGAAAAUGCGAUAGCAGGUUUCAGAGCCACUGGAAUCUACCCUUUCAUCGUGGAUGCUAUUCCAGACUAUGCUUUUGUUGUAAACUCCAGGUCUAGAGACAAUGAAAAUCGUGAACAUGCAACACAUAGUUUGCUUGAAACUAAUUUAGAAGAACCUGGCUGUUCCAGAAAUUCUUCUGGUGUUCCCAACGAAGAUACCGAGGAAAAUUCGCCUUCUGGUGUAAGUAACAUGGAGAUAGAACAGAUUGACACUUACCCAGCCAUUGAAGAUCCCGGUACAUCAUGUCAGAAUGCAGACAAAUGCUUAUUUAGCACAACUGUAGAUCGCAUCAUGACUACAAACGUUACUUCACCGUCUACUUGUGGUGCCGAUGCUAUCUCGCCUACCAAAGUCCUGACUGAGAUUUUGCCCAUUCCAAAAACAUCAAAACAGACGCCGAAACGUAAAAAACAGAAAGCUACUCUUCUAACAUCUCCUGAAAAUAUUGCACAAUUGAAAACGAAAAGAAAGAAGAUGGACAAAAUAUUUCUAGGGAAGCAAAAGAAGGCUAUGCCUAUGCAGGCAUAUAACACAAAAUCAAAGCAGAGGAAAGUACUUCGACCCAGAAGAAAUACUUCGUCAAGUAGCAGUUCAGAAUCGGAAGUAACAUUGCAGGACGAAUCUAGUGACGAUCUUGAUCAAGAAGACGAGGAGUGCAUCGGUUGUGGUGAAGACUACAACCUUACAGUACUGACAUGUGACUGGAUAAAAUGUGUUCGCUGUCGUCGUUGGUUACACGAAAACUGUACUAACUUUACUGAUGUGUGCAACAACUGUGGAAAAGCUAUAACAAAGCAGUGAAAGACUAGUUUCGUCUUAUUUUGUGUAAUGAACCUGUAGGUGUUUUUUAGUUUAAUUUUCGUCCAUGUUUUAUGUUACCAAUCAGCACACUUCAUUUCAUAACUUAGCAAAAGGGUUCCACUUGAUUUAUGUCUUUAAACAUGUGUAUGUAUUGUUCUUUACAGAUUAUUUCGGCAAACUCUUUGGUUGGCCAUCUGUCCCUGAAGCAUAUGGCCAUCUCUACCGGUACUAUGGGUGAGAUGGCCCAGGUUGUCUAAAAAUAUUUUAAUGAACUUUCUUCUAAACUAUACAAUUGGGACUAUCAUAAAAAUAUUACUUCAUAAAUUUAAUAUACAAUGAAUGCUUUAUCAAUUAAAUCAGGAAUUUUACCUAAUAUAUUUAUUUAAUUUGGGCAUUUAAAAAAACUAUGGCCAUCUACCCCGGAAUUACCCUAUGUAUUUUAUGAUGUAUGCGCUGAUUUGUGAUGAAACGAUUUUAUGGUAUAUUUAUAUAUAUAUAUUUAUUAAAUGUUGCCAUAUACUUUAUGCAUAUUUUUAACUUGCUGCCUCCUCUCACUGUUCGCAAUCUUAUUAGUAUUUUUUGAGCCUGCCAUUAGUUUGGGUUUUAAUAUUUUUUUGGGUUUACCUGCGCUCGCGGUACGGGGCAAUAUAGGAGUUUACUGUGUCGCGGGUUGCGGAAGUUGUUUGGUUUGGCCGGGGU